AUGAGAAGGCAACCAUGUGAAAAUUCUGGACAGUGCAUUCAGUAUGCUAGUGAUCCAACUUCGUACAAAUGUAUCUGUACUCAUGGUUAUACAGGUGAUCAUUGUGAGAUUGAACCGUUGCCGGCUAUAUGGAGUGUAUGGUCAGCAUGGUCUGAUUGUAUUUGGCCUGACUUGAAUGAAAUAUGUCACAAGAAACCAUAUCGUCAACAAACACGCACUUGCAUAACUAAUGUUAUCGGCCAAAAAUGUGUGGGGGAAACGAGAAAGAUCACACACAGUGGGUGUGAUUUGAGUGCACUGUAUUCAAAAUCACAUAUCAACAACAUAUCACAAACUAACCGUCAAAAACUAAUAAACGCACUGAAGUUAUGUGAUCUAUAUGGUCAACAAUAUGCCUUACCAUCAAAUGAAUAUGGAUUAGACGAACAGUCUAUAACAGUUGGAGAAGAGGCUGAUCGGAGUACAACCGGUUCACAAUAUGCACCACAAUUACAUUCGAAUGAAUCAGUAAGAAUUGGCCAAUCACCAUCAGCAAAAUGGAUCAUGAAACCAGAUUACCUACUCAUUAUAGGAUGGAUAUAUGUGACUGUGCUACACGUAGGAAUAAUGCUUUUAUGGAUUUAUUAUAUACACCGUUGGAGAACAGAAGGAAGGAAUUAGAUAAUGAACGUUCGAAAACACCGAUUUCGGCACUUCAAUUUGCUGAACUCUCCUUUUGGUUUUUCAUGGACAGUAAGUGCUAUUGCGAAUUUAUGCAUAUAAGUAUUUAGUGUGCAACGGAUUUCAUCUAUUCUGAAGUAGUGCAUAUUGCAAAUGAAAUAUUGUCUGAAUAACAAAUAAAAAC